AUUGGCGGACCUACCUCUGUCCUCAAGCAAACGCCAUAUCUAGUUUGAUGAUGUUCGCUUUAUGCGAAAUAGAAAAAAAAUAUAAAUAAAUAAAGGGUUGGUCCAAUGCAAUUUAUGUUGGCUAGCUGUUUACGUGGCAGCUGACUUUCAUGAGGCGCAGCAGCACCCCACGUGGGUAAAGAUGAAUCCAUAUAGUAUAGCCACAGAGCUCUGGAGCUAAUCUAUCAUCAAUGGCGACUGCUGCUGCUUCUACUUGCCAAUUCUUGACUCAAUUUUGGUAUCCAAGACCCCAUCCAAUUAUCUUCUCUCCCAUCUUCAAACCAACCCAUUUUCAGCCCUACUUUGCUCAUGGUUACCUCCAAAACAACUCCUCUCCAACUCCAACAAUCUCCUUGAAUCCUCCAUUUCCGGUAAAGGCCCAAGCUGCCACUCCUGGAGACAGACAACCCAUGCUUCCUCCAUACAACGUUCUUAUAACUGGCUCAAGCAAAGGAAUAGGGUAUGCAUUGGUGAAAGAAUUUCUGAAAGCAGGUGACAAUAUCAUAAUUUGUUCUAGAUCUGCUGAACGGGUGAAAUCUGCUGUUAAGAGCCUCAGAGAAGAAUAUGGGGAGCAGCGUGUGUGGGGCAGUCAGUGUGAUGUCAGAGAAGCAGAGGAUGUGAAGAAUUUAGUUUUAUUUGCACAAAUGAACCUGGGAUACAUUGAUAUAUGGAUUAAUAAUGCAGGAUCAAAUGCCUAUAGUUAUAAACCACUGGCAGAAGCAUCAGACGAAGAUCUUAUUGAAGUUGUUACUACAAACACCCUUGGGCUGAUGAUUUGCUGCCGAGAGGCCAUUAAGAUGAUGUUGAAGCAGCCUCGAGGUGGUCAUAUUUUCAACAUUGAUGGAGCUGGUUCAGAUGGAAGACCAACCCCUAGAUUUGCUGCAUAUGGAGCAACCAAACGUAGUGUAGUGCAUUUGACAAAAUCACUACAGGCUGAACUGCAGAUGCAAGAUGUUAAAAAUGUAGUAUUGCAUAAUCUAUCGCCAGGAAUGGUUACAACUGAUCUUCUCAUGUGUGGUGCAACCACGAAGCAGGCCAAGUUUUUCAUCAAUGUUUUAGCAGAACCAGCUGAAGUGGUUGCAGAAUACCUCGUCCCAAACAUCAGGUCGAUCCCAGCAAAUGGAUCAUGGAAGCCAACUUAUAUUCGGUUCCUCACUGGAUUGAAAGCUUACUCUCAGAUAUUUUCAAGACUAGCAUUUGGUGCAAGAAGAAACAGAUACGUGCCUGAAGACUGAAGAACAUCCUGUCUGUGUAGUUUCUAAAUCUUAACAUCCCCACCCCAUUAUUCUAUGCGAAAUUAGUGUACUUUAGGAGAAAAAUCCCGUAAUCCAUCAUAAACAAAUCGUGUUAGACUUUGUUGGUCUUGGCAAAUUUUCACCCGAAGGCUGGGCUCCACGUAUUACGUUCAA